UGCCGCCCAAAUCUUCUAGCACAUUGAAAAGCGCUUCCUGUCACGGGGAGUUUUUUCAGCACAACACCGGAAAGCAGUGGGUGUUAGCUGACUGACGUUAGCAAGCAACAACUUCGAAGUCAGCUGUGGGUUCUAUGGAAGAGAUGUCAGGAGACAGUGUGGUGAGCUCGGCAGUGCCAGCAGCUACAACCAGGACUACAUCCUUCAAAGGUUCCAGCCCCAGUUCCAAGUAUGUGAAGUUAAAUGUGGGUGGAGCACUGUACUACACUACGAUGCAGACACUAACAAAACAGGACACUAUGCUUAAAGCUAUGUUCAGUGGGCGGAUGGAGGUCCUCACAGACAGUGAAGGUUGGAUCCUAAUUGAUCGCUGUGGAAAACACUUCGGAACAAUCCUUAACUACCUUAGGGAUGGGGCAGUCCCACUGCCAGAGAGCCGUCGGGAAACUGAAGAGUUGCUGGCUGAAGCCAAGUAUUACCUUGUCCAAGGCUUAGCUGACGAAUGUUCAGCAGCCUUGCAGAAGAAGGAAACGUAUGAACCUCUUUGUAAAGUGCCUCUUAUGACAUCAUGUAAGGAAGAGCAGAGACUCAUUGCAACCUCAAACAAGCCUACUGUGAAACUACUGUAUAACAGAAGCAACAAUAAAUAUUCCUACACCAGCAAUUCCGAUGACAACAUGCUAAAAAAUAUCGAGCUGUUUGACAAGCUGUCGUUGCGGUUCAACGGCCGGGUCCUCUUCAUCAAAGAUGUGAUCGGGGAUGAGAUCUGUUGCUGGUCCUUUUAUGGCCAGGGUCGUAAGAUUGCAGAAGUGUGUUGCACUUCUAUUGUUUAUGCUACAGAAAAGAAGCAGACUAAGGUUGAGUUUCCUGAGGCACGCAUUUAUGAGGAGACCCUCAACAUCCUUCUGUACGAGUCCCACGACGGUCGGGGCCCAGACAAUGCUUUGCUGGAAGCCACAGGAGGUGCUGCGGGAAGAUCUAGCCAUCUGGAUGACGACGAAGAACCCGUAGGAAGAGUUCGCAGGAUCCAUAUCAAACGACCUGAUGACCGCACACACCACCACCAGUGACCUCCCUCUUCUGACCCAGCAGUCUGUGUUUCUGUACCAUGCUUGUGCCUUACAACAACAAGCAAAUCUCUGGCUCCCUCACUUCACGUUUUCUUUUACCAGCUACUCCAGGAGACUGCUUUGAGUGUCAUACAGCAGUUUGUAGUGGUGAUUUACGUCUUUGUUUCUUGUCUUAGUUGUUUUGCUGUCAAGUUUUGUAUUGUCCAAAAUGACGUUUAUAUACCCUUGCUUACAUGGAUGUUUGCUUUCAGCAGAGAAAAGGUUUUACCUGUCAGACAUACAGAGUUUUUUUGUCAGUAUAAAUCUGUUUAAGGGUCCAAGCUAUGUGACCUACAGCAGAACAGGAAGUACAAUGGUGUAAUCAAUUUAAAAGUAAUCUAGAUAGUUCACCGUUUCCUACUGUGGGUCUGACUGAUCCACUUGCUUAUCAGUUGUGUUGUACCCCAAUGCGACCACACGAUGGCACUGUUUUAUUCCUGAAAUGUUGCCAUGGCUAUUUUGUAGCCUGUUGAUUAGUUAUUAAAACUUUAAACAAUAUAAUUGUUUUUACGAUAUCAUGGAAGAAUGCAACAUUUCACUCUUGUACAUAUACUCUGUUUAGUUAGGAUUUAUACAAUUCCCUUCACUCCACUAUAAACGUUUUAUUUCAUGUUCCAGUAGAGGAAAUUUGAUCCGUCACCGAAGGUGUUAAAUGUACUGAGUUGAUUGAAUGAUGUCUGUUGAGGUUUAAGGGAAUUGGUGCAACCGGAGAGCUGCCUGGCAGGAAGGGGAUGCCUGUCUACAAGCUUUUAACAGAGAGGGGAAUUAGACCUGUCCAUCACUGCGUUCAUCAGAGAAGAUACUGUUUGCACACUAUAUGUUCAAGUCAAAGCAAGCAUUGAUUUUUAGGUCUGUUGUACAGAUGUGAACAAAUAAUGUUUUAUAUUUAUAUAUACUUUAUCACAAAUAAAUUUCUAGAUGCA